UUCCAGACCCAGACUGGUGAGUUCCCGGACUUCUGGGAUCCUCAGCUACUCCCCCGCCUUGGCUGGACUUUGCCAAUAGACAGAGACAGACUCCCCCACCCCUCUGUAGGGCGCUGGGAGGCAGGUCAUUGCCAGGAAGCUCUGGGCCACUCCUGCCCAGAUUCCCCGCCCACCUUCACUUGUCUGCUGGCCUGGUGACCGGGUCUGGGUGACCUCUCUGUCUCUCAGAAGGAACUGCUGUUCCUGGAUAAGCCAGCAGCCUCUGGGAGUACCUCCACGGUAAGAUCCUUGGCCUUGGCUGGCACAGGGGUGCAGGGGAGUUGGCAGCACGAGUGUCCAGGCGGAUGUGCUCCCAUGAGAGUUCCAUCCAACCCGCCCAGUUCCUCCUGGUGGUGGGGGUCCCGGUGGCGAGCGCCUUCCUUCUGCUCCAGUGUCUUCGAUGGCACUGUCCUCGCCGGCUGCUGGGGGCCUGCUGGAAGCCGGAUAGCCAGGAGGAGCCAGUGGCCCACCCCACUCCCCUGCCAGAAGACGAGCCCUCACGAGGGUGCCCGCCGGCCACACUGCCGGAGAUGGCCGCCUUCUACCAGGAGCUACACACACCCACUCAAGGCCAGACCGUCAUCCGUCAGCUGAUGCACAAGCUGUUGGUGUUCUCGGCUCGAGAGGUGGAUCACCGUGGCGGCUGCCUGAUGCUCCAGGAUAUGGGCAUCUCUCUGCUCAUCCCACCAGGUGCUGUGGCUGUGGGCCGCCAGGAGCGGGUAUCACUGAUCCUGGUGUGGGACCUGUUGGACGCCCCAUCACUGUCCCGAGCACAGGGGCUGGUGAGCCCUGUGGUGGCCUGUGGCCCCCAUGGGGCCUCCUUCCUGAAGCCCUGCACCCUCACAUUCAAGCACUGUGCCCAGGAGCCCAGCCAUGCCCGGACCUACAGCAGCAACACCACACUGCUCGAUGCCAAGGUCUGGAGGCCCCUGGGGCGGCCUGGGGCGCACACCUCCCGGGAUGAGUGUCGCAUCCACCUCUCCCACUUCAGCCUCUAUACCUGUGUCCUGGAGGCACCCAGGGGCCGGGAGGCCCGCAAGUGGCUGCAGCUGGCGGUGUUCUGCUCGCCGCUGGCGCCGGGGCAGUCCCACUUGCAGCUGCGCAUCUACUUUCUCAACAACACACCGUGCGCCCUGCAGUGGGCCAUGGCCAAUGAGCAGCCCCACGGUGGGCGUCUGCGCGGGCCCUGCCAACUCUUUGACUUCACAGGGGCCCGAGGGGACCAGUGCCUGAAGCUCACGUACAUCUCUGAGGGUUGGGAGAACGUGGACGAGAGCAGCUGCCAGCUGGUUCCCCAUCUCCACAUCUGGCACGGAAAGUGCCCCUUCCGUUCCUUCUGCUUCAGGAGAAACGCAGCCAGUGAAAGCGUUAACUGCUCAGCACUUGCCAGUGAGAUCAUCGUCACCAUGCACACCUUCCAGGAUGGCUUGGAGACCAAGUACAUGGAAAUCCUCAGAUUCCAGGCAUCAGAGGAAGAAUCCUGGGCGGUGCCUCCCCCUGUCUCUCAACCACCCCCAUGCAACAGGCUGCCUCCAGAGCUCUUUGAACAGCUGCAGAUGUUGUUGGAACCAAACAGCAUCACAGGCAAUGACUGGCGUCGGCUGGCCUCCCACCUGGGGCUCUGUGGCAUGAAAAUCCGGUUCCUGUCCUGCCAACGCAGCCCCGCCGCAGCCAUCCUGGAGCUGUUUGAGGAGCAGAACGGCAGCUUGCAGGAGCUGCACUACCUCAUGACGGUCAUGGAGCGGCUGGACUGCGCCUCGGCCAUCCAGAACUACCUGAGCCUGAGCGGCAGCCCAGCGCCGCUCCGCGGGGGCGCGCACGAGAAUCCGGGCCUGGAGCUGGACGAGAAGCUCUGAGCGCCCCCGGGGGUGGGCUGGGGUGGGGAUGCUGUCCGCAGCGCUCAGGGCAUGGGGCGGGCACAAGGCAAACGCAGCAGGCGCCCUGGCCGCGCCCCCCAUCUCAUCGGAACCCUCGGCGGUGCCUGGGGCCACCGUGAGGCCAGAGGCCAGAGGCCGUUGCCAGCCUCCCCGGGUGCGGGUGCGUGGGGACCGCGCUGGCCAUCCGCUUGGUCCUGCCAACAGGUGCCAUCCUGGGCGGCAGGGGGCGCAGGAGCCCAGGAGAUGGCCCGGCGGGCCAGGCUCCAAGAAGCUCUUUCCAGACCAGCGGACUGUGCCCUGUUGGCACUCCUUGGGGAUUGGCCGGGGCACAGGGAUUCACAGAGCGCUUUGUGAUACCCAGCAUCGGACUGGGUAUCCCAGGGAAUCCUGGCGGAGAUGGGGCGUGGAGCUUGACAAACUCACAGUUCCCAGUGUGAGAGUCAAGAUGCCCUCGUGGGCCGAGGGCCAACUCCAGAACAGCAGUGCCCUGUGGUUAGGCCAUGUGGGCUUGGGAUGAACAGAUGUGUUUUAGGAGCCGAGAGGGAGGCAGCCAGUGUGGGCUGGAGCAGUGGGAAGGCUUCAUGGAGGAUGUUGGAGAGAGGGUACCAACAUGUAGAGUGGCUCAACCAUCUUUGGGGGGGAGGGGGGCGAGGACAAGGGGAUGGUGUCUGGACUUCCAGUGGUUGCCGUGAGUGAGCAUGGGUACUGAGGCCUUAAGGAGCCCAGCCUGGUGGGUGUGAGGGAGGGCCAGAGUUCAAGGUCAGCCAGCCGUGCCUGGCUGUUCACCUGUCUCCCUUGUCUUCUUUGUCUCUCUGUCUUCCCAUCCUUGUCUUGGCUCCCUCUCUCUCUGCCAUUAUCUCUGUAAUAAAACAUCAAAACGGAAAAGAAAUUUCAAGAUUAACAUUCGUGGCCAACCUUUUUACCUCUUUAUCUGGAACUGUGUGAGUUUUUGGUUUCUCUGACUUUGUUUUGCUGCCACCAUUUCUUGUAGCCUCUGGAUCCCUGAAUCUGUCUGUCUGUUGCUCUGACUUAGCACCUUUCUCUCUCUCUACAGAGUCACCAUGCCUGCCUUUAAGGGUUUCCUUCACUCUUUGAAACCCUCCGUCAGUCCCCUCAGGCAAUGUCUCUAAACCAAUGUUAUGUAUCAAAGGCAGUGAAAGGACACUGGGCUACCCUAGGAAGGGGAAGGGGUAGGUGGGAUUUUACCCCAUGAAUCAAGAUCCAGUCAAGGGUCAGGAAAUAAACGAUGGGGAUGAAAGAACAUGCUAUUCAGUCAACAAAUAUUUAUUCAGCGCCUACUAUGUGUUAGACUCUGUACAGAAAAGAGAUUAGUGGGCUGGGUGGAGCCUGGAAAGAGAAUAAAGGAUUUGACUCAGUUCUAGCAGUGCUUUUGUUUGCAAACAGGUGUUGAUUUUUUUUAAGGGCAGGCAAGCAAUCUCUCUGGCAACACUAACAAUUUGCUUUUGUAUUAAAAGAUAUUAAAGCUUUUUUUCAGUGAUAAACAAUAUUGUAUAAUAAAAUAUGAAAAUUA